AUGGAACUGACAUUUCUGAUUAGCCGUGACGGAGACAAUGUCAAAAGAGGGCAGAUAAGGCGUGCGUGCAACUCUUGUCGUCAGAAAAAAAAACGGUGCUACCACAAUGAAGAACCGAUCAAGACAGAUGUUUCGAAAGGACUACAUCAUAAUUCCAGCCGUAUUCCUACUCCCUAUGACACCCCUGAGCGCUCGAGAAGGGACUCAGUGAUCCGAGGUAGAUCCGCAUCUCCAGCCAGAGAACAGCAAAGUGACUACACACUUGAAAGGUCCCGGGUCCAUGGGACCGGUAGCUCAACUGUCUCUGAGGCAAGUCCACUUACAGACCAAGAGCAUGAUUCGCGUCAAUUUGCGUGCGACUCGAACCCAAUGGCGACUUUGAUGGACAACGACGAAUCACGGUUAAAGAACAGUCAGGGCAAGAAAGGCGAUGUAGGAGCGUGGUUGUGCCCUGGAGAGAAUUACCUUGAUUCAUUAGAGAACUGCAACACACUACAAUUGCCGCGGGGGUCGCAUUUGCAGCCAACAGACAUCAACACAGAUUACCUGCCACCAAAAAAGAGCCAAAUAGCUUUGAUAGACGUCUAUUUCCGUCGGAUACACCCCAUACUGCCUCUUCUCGAUGAGCAGAUAGUGCGAGACAAUUUUCAAGCCGGCUCUCUGCAUGUUCGCCUUCUCCAAACGAUAUGUCUUGUCGCAGCAAAAGACCGGACCACAAGACCUCUUCUGUGCCUCGGCCAGAGCUCGGAAGUUCUCCAACUGGAGAGGUUUACUAGUAUACUCUAUACCGACAUUAUGCAAAAUAUACCAAGGACACCCAGAAAGAAGAUAAUCUACAUUCAAAUCUUGACCCUUUUGUCGCUCCACGAAUGGGGCCCUACUGGCUCCGAAGAUCGUUCUUUGAACCUGGCGCAGGCCAUCCACCAUGCACAUACCAUCGGCAUACACUUGAUGAGAACAGACCAGCAGCCUACUACUUCACUAAAGGCUCUAUUUUGGUGUUUGUGGAGUUUGGACAAAUGGAAUGCUGCUAUGAAUGGCAGACCGAUCGUGAUACAUGACCGCGACAUGAACCAGCAAGUGGACGACGUUAGCUCAUCGUUCCCAGCCUCGUUCCGGCUCUGGCUUCGUAUCGCCGAGAAGCUGGGUAAGGUGAUUCUAUUUUAUCGGCCGAUCAUCAACGGGGUUGAUCAUGAGGAACUUGAGCUUCCCGCCUUUGAAGAACUUAUUAAGGAUUGCGAUGCGUGGAAAUUACCAUCAGACUUGCUUGAGUCGAGCGAGCUCCUGUAUCACGCGGUUACUAUUCUCUCCACACAUUCCGAUGGCCUUCAAGGGCGUUCACGGCCAAGAAAUUCAAGUAUUCGACAAACCCACUCGAUCUUCUCUAUCGCGUCUUUGAUCCAAAAGAGAGAUAUUCAAAUCCUAUCCCCGUUGCCAAUGCUCGGUUACACUAUAUCCCUCGCUUUCUCAGUAACUUACAAACAACUAAGAGAAAGUCAAUUAGCCAGCACCCGCCACACAGCCAUUGGGCACAUGCGUCAAUUUCAUCAAUAUCUUGAACAAUCUUCUUCUACAUGGUGGUCUACUGCCGUGAUGGCUAGACUAGGAAAUCGCGUGCUGGACAGCAUCCAACCCACCAUAGAUGAUCAAGAUUCCACAGCCCCAGUGAAUGAUACUCUCCGACCGAAUUCUCGACGAAGAAUGGGAUAUCGGCGCUCACACCAUGAUGAGGAUGAAGUUUUGGGGUCACACUCCAGCGUGGACUGUAUGCAAGGGUUGGGGCGGGCAGAGGCCAGAAUAGAGAGGGUAAGCCCUCUCGAUAUUCAACUACGGUCAGAUGACUUGUCCAAUUUGGACAUUUCCGUCGCGAAUCCAUUUCUGGGAGCUCCUGGGAUCGAAGAUUAUGACAUUUUUUUCAACAAUUUCCCUGAUGUUAACUUCCCCAGCGGAAAUGAUCAACUGUUGAUGGAUCUGGACAUGUCGGGGUUCGAAUAUGAUUGA